UCCACAAUCCAAUCCCUGCACGCUUCUCUAAACGGUGUCGUUUUAUGGACCCUCGCGCUUCAUAUCUUCUUCUCCAUCGAGCUCCUUCCCUUCUCUCUCUCCCUGUAAUUAGCUAAACGUCGGAAAAUGCAAUAUAUAUAUGUAUAUAAACAGUAAUUCUCUUUAAUUUUAUUAUAUACAUUAGAAUUAUAUUUAUAUACACAUUUGUUUAAAAUUUAAUAUUAAAAUCGGUGAUGAGGACGUUGAAUUCCCGGUUUGUUCUGAUCGACAUCAACACCUCAUGGCAAGCUUCUCGCCGGCUGAUUUCCGCCGCCUCCGCCUCCUCUUCAUUCCGCCGGACACGUGGAUCUCGUCAGAUGAUCUCUUCUUCCAAGCCACCGGCACCGCCUUCCCCGGUGCGCCGACCGUCCGACCGCUACGGAUCCGAUCGCCGGACGCCGUCGCCGGAAUCUGAAAGCUCUGCCUCAACUUCUCCGAGGACGGCGGUGGCGACGGAGCUCGAGGCGUUUUUCGAGAUUCUGCCGUCGAGGAUGAGGAGAGAGCUGGCGAAGCACGAAGAGAUCGGUGAAUUGAUUGAGGUGGUGUUGGAUCUCGGGAGGAGGCCAUUGGCUAGGUUUCCUUCCGGCGACUGGGUCAUGUCUGAACAAACUGUGACGCACGAAGAUCUGAGACAUGCAGUAGCGAAGGUUGGUGAUUUCUCGGACGAUAAUCGUUCGGGGAUCGACAGAUCUUUGCAUCGGAUAAGCGCUAUCCGAAAUCGAAAGCUGCAAAUCAUCGGUCUUACUUGUCGGGUAGGUCGUGCUGUAUCGGGAAGUGCUGACAUUAUCUGCGAUUUGGUAGAGGGAGGAGGAUCCAUCUUGGUCAUUGGCCCUCCCGGUGUUGGCAAAACGACUUUAAUCAGAGAAAUCGCCCGGAUGUUAGCGGAUGAGCACAUGAAACGGGUUAUGAUUGUCGAUACCUCCAAUGAGAUUGGAGGUGACGGCGAUGUUCCUCACCACGGGAUCGGUCGAGCAAGGAGGAUGCAAGUUCCAAAUGUGACUCUGCAACAUGAUGUUAUGAUCGAGGCAGUCGAGAAUCAUAUGCCACAGGUAAUCAUCAUCGACGAGAUUGGUACCGAGCUUGAGGCAUUAGCUGCGAGCACGAUCGCUCAACGAGGCGUUCAGCUAGUCGCAACUGCUCAUGGAAUGACUAUAGACAACAUAAUCAAGAACCCUUCUCUUCAGAUCCUCGUCGGUGGCAUCGAGAGUGUAACUCUCGGUGACGAGGAAGCCAGGAAGAGAAAAGUGCAGAAGACUAUUCUCGAAAGGAAAGGGCCUCCGACAUUCACUUGCGCUGUCGAGAUGAUAUCGAAAACCGAGUGUCGUGUUCACCACAGGCUAGAUGUCACCGUGGAUGCUAUACUUGCAGGGAAAUCUCCUCCAUUCGAGAUCCGUCAAAUUCAUGGUGAAGGUGAUGCUUCUCAUGAGAUCACUCCCAUUCCAAUGGAGAACCAUCAAGAAGAGAUUGCAACUGAGGUGGAGACCGUCGAGGAAGAUGAAGAUUUUAUCCCUAGCCGAUUCAAGAAAGUCGGCGGUGAUAAAUCCGUGGCCCGACGAAUCUCACCGGUUUGUGUUUAUACUUACAAGAUCCUUGAAGCUGAUCUCCUGCAAGUAGCCGAAGUGAUGGGUCUGGACAACGAAAUAGACGUAACGGAUGAUGUCGGAGAAGCGGACGUCGUUCUGGUUUCGAGUUCUGAAUUGAAAGAAAAUCCGUGGAUCCGCGGAGUUGCGAAAUUAUACAAGAUUCCGGUAUUUGUCACUAAGUCGAAUACGAUGGCGCAAAUGGUUAAGGCGGUCCGGAUGAUCCUCGGGAGAGAAUCGUUUGGCUCGGCCGUGAAAACGCCGCAGAAAUAUUCCACCGAUAUCGAGAUCAAAGACGACGCUCCGGACAGGAAACCGAGCUUGGAAGAACUCGACGCCCUCGAGGAGGUUCGGUUAGCGAUCGAAUACAUAGUAAUACCAGGCGGUGAGCCCGUUGAGCUGCUCCCGAGACGGUCGGAGAUAAUAGCUCGACAGCUCGAGCUCGUGGAGAGCUAUCAACUCGUUGUGGAAAAUCUCGGUACUCUGCUCAAUCCGCGUCUCCAGAUCCUUCCCCGCAGAUCUACCAAGACACUUACGACCCCGACCCCGACCCCGACCUCGACCUUAUCUUCCUCCGGCGACGGCGUCGGAACCACGGUGACUCGCCUUCCCUUUCUCCAUGAAUGAAUGAAUGAUUUAAUUGACGGCGCUACCUCCUCACUCACCCACUGGCUGGAUUAUUCUCACCGGACCGUUCCGUUAGUCGGGUCCAAUUUGUCUGUACAGUUAUUAUUGUAUAUAAUAAUGCUGGUGCUCUUGCCGAUGUGGUAAAUUUAAGCUGUGCGAUAUUUACAAACCAAAAUUGAUAUAAAAUUCAUCUUAUAUUCGGGUCCGAAA